AUGGUGGCCCGCGGGGCACGGACGGAGGGAGGGGGCCCGGCCCCACUGGGGCCGCCCAGCUCAGCGCCGCCCGCGGGCUCCCUGCGCGCAUCGGGGGCUGGGCCGGGCUGGGCCGCGCUGCCUCCCGCGCUGCGCAGCGCUCCGCGUUCGCCUAUUGAUCUGCUCGCGGCGGCGGCGGCGGCGGCGGCGGCGGCGGCGAGGAGCCAGCGAGCACCUAGCCCCCAGGCCCACUUCCCGCCCCCUCCUCGCCCAGCCCCACGGUGCGCGCGCGUCCCCGUCGAGGGGCGCCGCUGUCGCCCUAGGUCUCCCCGCCGAGGCCCAUCUUCAGUCCUUCUCUCCCAGAACCGAAAUCCCCGGGUGCAGUGCGGCCGGCGAUCCCUCCGCUUCCUGCAGACGCCGCGGCGCACGCUCCCACCGCUCCCUCCCCCCGCGCUCGGGUUACAGCAGCCCUGCAGACACCCGGAGUGCGUGGCCUGGCGUCCUCACCGGGAGGGAUUUGCAUCAGGCCAGAAUCCGGACCCCGGGCAUCCCAGGAGGCGCGGGCCGGCGGCCUCCAGAGCCGCCCCGGAACGGGCUGCCGCUCCCCACCAGCCGCCAGGGCCUCGGAGCCGGUCCCUGCGUCCCGAGAAGCGUCGGGGAAACUUUGGGAGAAACUUUGCCAACUUUGCUCUCGGCGACGGAGAGGCCGCCCGGCCGGCCGCGGCGGCCGCGGGCCGCGACGCGCAGAGUGGGCCCCAAGUCAGGCCUGGGCACCCCGGAGCCUGCAGGGCAGCCCAAGGAGGGGUGCGAGGCCGGCUGGCGGCCCCUGGCUCCCCGCUGCGCCCCCGCGCGUCCCCCACCUGGCCCUCGGCCCCCGUCUCCGAGCGGCCCGCGACGCGCAGCGCCCAGGAUGGCCGGGAUCGAAAACCUGGCCUUCAGCGCAAGUGAUCUGAUUUUUCUUUACCUCUCCACGAUCAUCCUUUUUCCACCUGACUUGAGCAGUUUCACUGCCUCCCUCUCCUUUGUUUUCCUCUCCCCGUCCGUGUCUGUCUGUCCCACUUUCUGGGUAUUCGAUUUCUAACUCAUUCAUUUCCAUUCUUUCCUCCGCGCGCUCCCCAUUUCGUUGUUUUAUCCGCUCCUCGGGACCACUUCGCAGUUACUUUUUCUCAGUUUUGCUCCUUGCCCCUUCCCUUAUUUUGUCUGUUUUUAUCCCUGUCUGCCUCUGUGACUGCCCCUCGCCCUCACCCUCACCCUCACCCUCAUUUCUCCAUCCACCUUUCUUUCUUUCGUUCAUCCUGAUCUAUUUCCUUCUCCGAUUCCUUGGUCUGCGUCUCAGGCUCUGCUGCGCUUGUAUUUUCUCUCUUCUCCUCUUCCUCCCCGGGACGCGUCCCCCUCCCCCCCCCCCCCCCCCCCCCCGUGGAUCUGCCUUCCCUGCGGCGCCCCCUCCUCAUCCAUCUUGGGAGAUGAAUAUGUCGCCUUAUUGGAUGCCGAGGCCGGAGCCGGUGAUGGGGCUCGGCCAGCCUAGUGCAUUUUCUUCAUGCAUAUUGAGGAGAUGGUAAUGAGCGCGUUUGCAUUGUUGCAUGGAAAUACUCCGUUUCCGGCCGCAAUUCGGGGCCGGCGAGGGUGGCGCGGGCCCAAGAGAGCCCGCAGCGGGCGCCCGGCCUGGUGGCCGCAGCUGGCCCUCAACGGGAUCGCGGGUGCUCGGCCCCGGGGAGGAAGUGACCUCUCGGAGAGCUCGGCCCGGCCGCCGCCGCCUCCUUGGGCUUCUCCACAAAGGCCGGCCGCGCUCCCCUCAUUAAAGCUUCGUUACGGGAACCCCCGCCUCGCUCGCGAAGGUUCCCUCGCGCCCCCGACCCGUGGGCCUCUGCCCCCCCCCUCCCCUGGUGCUUCGAGGCCUGUGAUGGAGCGCCACCAGGAAAUUAGCGCCUGACAACGUCGUCGUCUAGUGGCAAUGAAUUGUUUGAAAUGAGUGACACGUCGCGGGAUCAAACACAGCCUCAUUGUGUCCCCGGCUCCACUCACUCCUUAAUCUGGAAGGGCGCAGCGGCUUCGCUGGGCCAGGGAAGGUUGCCACAGGCCCCUGGCUUGUCCGUGCCGGGCUCCGGCCUGGGCUCAGCCUGACAGAGCCGACCUGGAGGACCCAGUCAUUCUAGAGGCAUGUCUCUCUCUGAGAAGGUCCCCAGAGCUCAGGAGACAGGACCGGCCCUGCCUCUCAAAGAGGUGAAGGUGUAUGAAAGUCAGGACUUGCAGGGAGCAAAUUCCCAGUCGAGCUCAGAGGGAACCGACUGCUGGAACAGUCAGAAAGGCCUGGAUGCCCAGCUCCAGACGCAGCGGAGCGGGGAACCUCUGGGUGUUGGACAGUUUGCCCUCAUCCGCCGGCCUCCUCCCAACUCGAAACUGGGAAAGCUGAGAAAACAUCAGGAUCUGGGCCUGUCUGGAGUCAGCGGUGUUGAGUUUCCCAAACUUCAAGCCCUCCGCCACCACCUCUGCUAUUGUUUAACAUUUUUCCUUAAGUUGACUCAUUUUAAAUACUUAAAUACAUGUUUUGGGAAAGAAAACCCGAUACAGCUACUGCAAAUUGAAAAGUGGGUGUUACUCACCAUAAAGGGAAAUGGGAAGAGAUAAAAAAACAACUAAAACCAAGUGAUCUAAAACAUUUGAGCCACGGUGCUUGCUCGGGAAUCACUUCGAGAGGGUGCGUGUGUGUGUGUGCGUGUGUGUGUGUAUUGAUUAGCAAGUAUUGGAAUUAUUAAAUACUGGAUCUUUUUCAGAAGAGAUGGGAGAAUUGAGAAGGGGAUGCUUCUUAUUACUCAACAGUAUUAAUUCUCUGCCUCUAAGAGAAAUCAUACUGAGGACCCCAAAGGCCGCAGGGCCGUAGGGUUUAGUUAAUACUAUUCUCUGUUGAAGAGUAUGUAAAAAAAAAUUAGGAUUGAAU